AGUUCAUUACUCUUACACACAGAUUCAGUGUCAGUUAGCUCUGGGAGAAGAUUCCUGAAAAAAAAAAAAAAACUCUCUCCAAGGUGAUUAGGGUAAUCGAUCAUAAGUAUGCUUUAUAUUGCACUGUUUAUUUGUAAUAUUUCAGUUUGCUUCAUGUUUUUUUUUUUUCACGUUUCAAAUUAGUCGAUCGACUCUUGGAAUCAAUUCCAUCGAUUUGGAAAACCUGGAAUUGUAAUCGUAGUAUAUUCCAAAUUUUCUGGAAUCAAACAGCCCUAGUGUCAGUUGUACUUCAGUUGAUACUGUUCUGAAGAUAAUCUUGAUUUUUAUUGUUUGCUAUUAUAAAGGAAACUAGUCUGGUUUUGAGGUGUAGUGUGUGUGUGUGUGUGUGUAGGGUUAUGGGUUAUGUGAUGCAGCAGAAACAAAACAAGUUACAACUUUACAUAGUGCUGCAUUCAUGUCAUUUUGAGAGUAGAGAUUCUAUUCGCAGCUGUUCACGUCCUCAGACUCAAAUUAUUAGUUUUUGUGGCCACGAGCAUAAUGCCAAAAUGGAUUCAUGGUGCUGCAUUGUUGUUGUUAAUGUCAGCAAAAUAUGAAAUAUACAUUUUUGAAUGACAUGUACAAUUUGGAGUUUUCAAUGGCAAAGACACAGUUUGUACUGGUCAGAAACUUGACCCUUCGCUAAGUCCCACCUUAAAAGUGUUUCUGACCAAUCCUCCUUUGACAUUUUUCCCCCCAACAAGAGUCUUCAGGAGUAAUGUGUGUUUUUGGUAGUUUUAAGCUGAAUUUUUAUAUAAAGAAAUUAUAUAAUUUUUUUUAAAUUGAACAUUGUUGCUGUGUCACUAUUAAUAGUUACACGAGGUACCCAGGGAGGAUAGAUGCAGUGUUUUUUCUUCCCUUUUUAAAAUCUUUAAAUAAAUCUUGAGAAGAGCAUGUUAUGGAUUAAACUGUGUCAGCCCUCAAUCCCAAAUAAACAUGAAUCACAUCAGCGAGGACACCUACAUUUGCUCCAAGGUAAAUUAAAGCUAAUAUUUUAACAUUAAUUAAUUUACAUAUUGAUUCAGAUAUAAGUAAAGGUGAUAGUAAAUAAAAAGUUCACAGCAUCAAAGUGAGAGUGUUCUGUUCACUUAACACUAAUGUUAUCAGGUGUGAAAUCAACAUCAAAUGACACUUUUCUUUUUAUGUGACUGAUGAUCAUUUAUAUCAAUUCUGACUCACAGUCUCCAGUUUUAUUAUAUUACUGUAUAAUUAAUACAUUUCUUGUACAAAAAAAGUCAGAUAAAUAUGCUUUAAAAUGUCACUCUUCAUUCCAGCUCACGUAAGUAUGUUAUCUAUUCCCUUUAUGAGAAUCUUUUUUCCAAAAACUGCGCCGUUCAUGGCAAUUUCCCAUUCAUUCCUAUGGGGAGUUCUGCAAAGCUUGACAGAGCGAGUGACGCUAACCAAGAGGGGCAAUGCUGGGCGAAGGGUCAAUGACAGUAAUUUCAACAUGAUGGAUUCAGUGGUCUCAAUUUAAAAGCUACUUCCUCUUCAAACUGGAGAAAGUGAUGGAUGAUUUUAAAGCUUCAUGUCCAGAUCAACGGGGACCUGCCAAUCCAAACGUUGAGUACAUUCCCUUUGAAGAGAUGAAGCAGAGGAUUCUCAAAAUUGUCAAUGGAUACAAUGGGAUUCCUUUCACUAUUCAGCGUCUUUGUGAGCUUCUUACUGAGCCAAAAAGGAACUAUACAGGAACAGACAAGUUCCUCAGAGGCAUGGAGAAGAAUGUGAUGGUGGUCAGUUGUGUGUAUCCUACCUCAGAGAAAAAAGGGUCAGGUUGUGUGAACCGAAUGAAUGGGGUCAUGUUCCCUGGCAACACUUCAGCUUUUCCUGAUAGAAAUGUGAAUGGUCCAGCAACACCCAGGCCACUGAACAGAACAAAACUCUCCCUGUCCAGCAGUGCAUCUACCAAUGGCCUUCCUGACAGCACAGAAAGCAAAGAACAAGCCUCCGAGUCAUCAGAGAGAACAGUCAAUGAGUCUUCGGAAUCAGAAGCCAAAGUCUCUCACAGUGGUCCGGUGAAGAGUAAACAUUGUGAAGAUGAGGAUGUCACAAACGCUGAGAUGCACGAAGCAAAGAGGCUCAAAUUUGACGAAGAGGAUGAUGAUGAAGAUGAAAUAGAGCAGGAUGGAAAUGAUUCGCCCUGCACGGCAGUCGCAGAGAGCUCAUCGGAUGUGCCGGAGUCCACGUCGGAUGUCAGUGUAGAAGUGAAGGAUAAUAAACCUGAUGAAUUCAGCACUGAAGACCAAGAACCAUCUAGCACACAAUCGGAGUCGAUAGAAAAUGGAGAUGACAAAUCUGCUUGUGAAGAUUCCCCCAGCACUUCCCACAAUCAGGAGACUGGCAGUGAAUUGGACCUACCAGAGGAGCAGCUGCCAGAGAGGGAAGAGGGCACCGAAGCUCAGGAAAUUGAGGAGAGAAAUGACCCAGUAAGCAGUAGCAGCAAUAAUAGCAGUGAUGAGGGAGUGUCUAGUGCGGACACACCAUCUGCAAGCCCCAGCAGUUCCACAGAGCUGCCAGCAGAGGGCAGUAGCUCUGCAGACAUCAGCUCAGAUAGCUCAGAGACUGCAGACGACACCAUGGAGCAAGACUGAAGUGCAGCCCCAGGUCCUUGAUUUUUACACUGUACUGUACAAAUCCCCAAAUCACUGAUCCUGCAACAUAAGCAGAUCUAGAACAGGAGAGGAGGGCAUUCUAGUGGCUUCCUUUAAGACCUCUUGUGACAGAUCUCCUUAUGACCCUUCUUUAUAUAGGUUCUUCUCUGAAGAACUCCUCCAAAAACUGGAAGCUCACCUUUUCUGUGAUUUAGUGCAUUUGCCAUUGAAUGGCACGAAAGCCUUCUGUACAUGGUGGUUAUCUGUAAUCCUGUUCUAAUCAUGGGCAUUCAUCAAUUCCACAUCAAUACCUUCUAAAGCAGUAUGGGAAAAUACAUUUCACGUCAUCAUCAAUGUCUUUCCCGCUACUAUGUGGCAAAUCUUUGAUUUGAGUGUGUUUGUGUUAGUGUGUGCAUGCUUGUUUGUGUGACCUUUUAGUUGGUCCAGGGUCCUGUCAAUAAUAUCCCAGGUCCCAAGAUUCCCUUUGACUGGAAGACCAGAGUCCAAACAUUCCAGGAGAAUACCCUUUUUUCUCAUACUGCCUUCUGUAUUCAUCUGCUCUCUUGUGGCACAAUGUGCUCAAUAGCAGCAUUAGACAGAUUUCCUUUAUUUCUUUUCUCUUUACAAAUUUUGUUCUAACAUUUUAUUUUUAGAACCUUUUGAUUUUAACUGUCUUCCCAGCGUUUCACUCAAAAUGAUUUAAUCCACUGAUGCUGUGAAAUAGAUCCUAAAAUUGACUGUCAUUUUCCAUGCAUUAGAUACUUAAGUGCUGUUGGUUGUGAUGUAAUGGUAAUUUAAUAUAGUGAACCUGUCUUUUCAAACAAGACAUCAUGUGCUUUACUACUAUUGAGCCAUCCUUAUUUGUUAUAUGCUUUUAAUUUUCUUUUUCACCAAGAAAUAGCAAACAGUUUUAUAAACGAGUAACACUUUAUCAACAAAAAUAUCUCUUUAUAUAUAUCUCUCUCUCUCUAUAAAACUUUUUUCACGCUUCCUACAUGUAUACAGGCUGUUCAACCCAUCCCUAUUUCCACAGCUCCUUUUUGAUAUUUAGAAUUUUUAAAUUAAAGUAGAUUUUGUAGAUUGUAAUAAGUGUUCACUGCUUUUGUGAAAAUGAAAUUGUAUGAUAUCCAUGUGAACUGAAUGCUUGGGCUUUCAGCAGUAUUCCUGAAGAGCAAUACAUGUUCACAUUAAAAGCAGUGAUAUGCUCAAUCUAUGGCAACUGUUGACAUUUCUAAUCUUUCAUCUAAAUAAAACACUUUGGAAGCAUAAUUCAGGUCAUAGACACAAUGAAUGGUACAUCUAGAGCUCAGAUGUUUUUUUUAUUUUUUAUCUCAACUAUUCAGGUAUUUUCAGCGGGACCCAAGACUGAUAGCCACCAUGUAUUAUAUAAAUGGGUAAUAUGUUAGUAAAAGGCAGUAAUUACAAAUAAGAGCUAGAAUUUUACAUAAAAUAAUUGGUCUGCAUUAGUUCUUACACUACUGUCAAUUUCAAUAAAAUAUUUCAGUAGAAAAUUAUAAUUUUUUGUUGCAGCCUCAAGUUCUGUGAAGUCUCUCCAAAAAUAAUUAAGAUAUGAAAUUAGUACUUAGUAAAAAAAAGAUAAUGAAGAGAUUUGUUUUUUGUUUGAAUUCCUCAAGGAUAGUUGCAUUUCCACCAUCAGAUCAUACUGAUCCACGGUUGUUGGCACGGUUAUGGUUAAUAUUUCCACUGUGGUGCUACCAAAUCAAAAUGGGAAUGGAUUGGCUGGGCAAGUGACCAAACGUGAGAUGCCACAUCAUCACACGCAUUCCACCAGCACGGUUCUUGACCCAAAAUACUGUUAGCUAAUCAUGCUCAGAAUUCUGGGCCGGGAACAGUUUGUAAUCGAACUGUACCAAACAAUGCUCAAACGGAAUUGCUACUGGAACCAUUCAGCCCAAUGGUGGAAAAGUGCUUUGUGUAUGUAUACCAUAGAUGAAAAUUCUGCUAUGUACAGUACUCCAAAUGUGUUGUCAUACAAAUAUUUGUAACCUUUCAUACAUCCCUCAUCCCUAAAUUAACUACCUCCUUAAAUGAGGCAAGAUUUCCUACACCAACUUAUAUAAAAAUUUACACAGUAAACCAUAAGUU